AUGGUGCUUGGAAAAUCUCCUGAGGCCUCUCUUCGAACACAACAUGGGCAGUGGCUGAAGACGAAGGCAUGGCUGACUUCUCCGAUUGGGAAGCCUGGGGACACUCGGCUUUCCAAUGACCCAAGGCGCCGCAACGUCGGCAAUGGCUCUUUGAAAUACGCUGUAACAGCGCUUCCCGCCAACGUGACCAUCGAGAAAGUUCAGAAGGGACUCAAAGACUACCUCGAGACCAAGAGGUUGUAUUUUCCGCGGUUCUUCUUCUUGAACGAUGCCGACCUGCUGUCCAUUUUGGCAGAGACCAAGGAUCCAACUCUGGUGCAACCUCACUUGAACAAAGCCUUCGAAGGCAUUGCAAAGGUUCGCUUUGAUUCCAAGAAUGAAGUCAUUGAAGCAAUGACCAGUGGAGAGGGUGAAACCGUGGACUUCACCAACAAAGUGGAUGUCAUGAAGCCGGGCAACGUUGGUGCUGUGGAGUGUUGGCUCGUUGAAGUGGAGGAGUCGAUGAUGGACAUCCUGCGAGAGGUCACGGACAAGUCCAACAAAGCGUAUCCCAGUGCCGACCGCGUCAAGUGGUGCUGUGAAUGGCCUGGACAGGUGGUGUUGGCUACAGACAUGAUCUUCUGGACACAGGAGGUCACAUCGGCUCUGAAGUCUGGAAGCAUUGCAGAGUACGAAAAGAAGCUCUUCAAGCAGCUCGAAGACAUUGUGGUCCUGGUGCGAGGACAGAUGACCAAGCUGAAUCGUGUCACCGUCGGCGCAAUGGUGACCCUGGAUGUCCAUGCCAGAGAUGAGGUGACAAACCUGGUCCAGAAACGAGUGGACUCGCCAGAUGAUUUUGCUUGGCUAUCGCAGCUGCGAUACUACUGGCAGGAUGUUGGCACCUUCACGCUGCCAAACUCCACCAAAGAGAAUGCAAAGAUGGAGUGCAAGGUCUCCAUUGUCAACUCCACGUUGCUCUAUGGCUUUGAAUAUUUGGGCAACUCCCCUCGUUUGGUCAUCACUCCCUUGACGGACAGAUGCUACCGAACCUUGAUGGGUGCGUUCGCUCUGUACUACGGCGGAGCUCCAGAGGGACCGGCUGGAACCGGAAAGACCGAAAGUACAAAGGAUUUGGCCAAGGCUUUGGCGAUCCAGUGUGUGGUCUUCAACUGUAGUGACUCCAUGGACUACUUGCAGCUGGCCAAGUUUUUCAAAGGACUUGCCUCGAGUGGAUCAUGGUGCUGCUUUGAUGAGUUCAAUCGAAUCUCUCUGGAGGUGUUGUCGGUGGUGGCGCAACAGAUUCAGCAGAUCUCACUGGCAAUCAAGCGACGUGUGGACAAGUUCGUCUUCGAGGAGACGGAGAUCAAGCUUGUUCCCACCUGCGCUGUGAACAUCACCAUGAAUCCAGGUUAUGCUGGGCGAUCCGAACUGCCAGACAACUUGAAGGCAUUGUUCCGGCCGUGUGCCAUGAUGGUGCCCAACUAUGCCUUGAUUGCAGAGAUUCGACUGUACAGUUUCGGGUACUCAGAUGCAAAAGUGAUUGGCACGAAGGCAACCAUGGCUUUGAAGCUGUCAUCAGAGCAGCUUUCUCCUCAGCGGCACUACGACUUCGGAAUGCGAGGAUUGAACGCCUUGCUGGUGGCAGGUGGAAACGGCAAGCGAACCUACGGCGACAAAUAUCCAGAAGAUGUCAUUGCCCUGCGAUCCUUCACUGAUGUGAAUCUGCCCAAGUUCACGACAGCAGACCUACCACUGUUCAAGGGUAUCAUUGGAGAUUUGUUCCCAGGGGUGGAGUUGCCCCCCAGCAACGCUGGAAAACUUCUGGCCACAAUCGAUAUGAUUGCGGAGAAGCGCGGAUUGCAACCUACGAAGCCCUUCACAACAAAGGUCAUCCAGCUGUGGGAGACGGUGCUGGUGCGCCACGGUCUCAUGACUGUAGGAAUCCCACCAUGCGGAAAGACGAAUGUGAAGAAUGUCCUCGCUGAAACCCUUGGGGAGCUGGCCGAUGGGGAGGAGAUGGUGCCUGUGACUCAAUAUGUCAUGAACCCCAAAUCGAUUACCCAGGGACAGCUGUACGGAGAGAGCGAUCUCAAUACCCAAGAGUGGACAGAUGGUGUGCUAGCCAUUGCUGUCCGAGAGGCAAUGAAAGCCUUUGGAGAUGGCAAGAGACAGUGGGUUGUCCUUGAUGGCCCUGUCGAUGCCAUUUGGAUCGAGAACAUGAACACGGUGCUGGAUGACAACAAGAAGUUGUGCUUGAACAGUGGAGAGAUCAUCAAACUGUCCACCGUCACGACCAUGCUCUUCGAGGUCAGGGAUUUGGACUAUGCCUCCCCUGCCACUGUGUCCCGAGUAGGAAUUGUUUUCCUGGAACCUGACACAGACCUGGGGUGGAAGCCCAUUGUGGAUUCCUGGCUUUUGACAAUUCCGGACUACCUCAAGGAAGAACACAGGGACCAGCUUUUCUCGCUUUUCAACAACUACUUUGAGGUCAUGCUGGAGUGCACUCACAAAGUCAAGACUCCUUUCCCGGUAUCUGAUGGCUGGCUUUGUUGCAUGGCUACACGAAUGAUGGACGCUUUGAUGUGCGACACAACGGAGAAUUUCUGCAAGCCAGAGGUGAAGAUCCCUGAAGGUGAGGAGCCGGAUGACGACAUGGACCUGGGACAGAACUUCAUGGACCGAGAGAUCAUGAUCUUCCAACUUUUCUGGUUCACCAUGACUUGGACAUGUGGUGCUUGCACCGACACUGAUGGUCGUUUGUUUGUUUGCGACAUUAUCCGAGCUUGCAUGGACAACAAGAAGGACUUGCUCCAGAAAUUCAAUUUUGUUGCAGACUUCACAAAGGUCGACAUCACUGGUGGUGGCUCCAUGCCAUCAGCCCCGCGCAAAGGCUUGCUGCAUGACUCUUUCGUGGAUGCGGUGGAGGGAGGCAAGUGGAAGCCUUGGACUGAGAGGAUUGAAGGCUUCGACAUUCCGAAGGACACACCGUACCACACCAUUGUGGUGCCAACAUCGGAUACGUGCCGAAACCAGUUCCUGAUCCGAACCCUGAUCGAGAAAGGCUACAACAUUCUCAUCAGUGGUCCAACAGGUACUGCCAAGACGGCCUCCAUCCAGGGCAUGUUGCUGCAGGGUUUCAGUGCCGACUCCUAUUCAACCAAUGCUUUUGCCUUCUCUGCACAGACCACUGCCAACCAGACGCAGGAUGUCAUUGACGGCAAGUUGGACAAGCGUAAGAAGGGCACAUUUGGACCACCUCCCAACAAGAAGAUGCUGGUCUUCAUUGAUGAUCUCAACAUGCCCUUCAAGGAAGAGUAUGGUGCCCAGCCGCCCAUUGAGAUUUUGCGUCAGAUGUUCAUCCUGACACCAAUGGGAUAUGGUUGGUACGACCGCAAGGGAUGGGAGUUCCGACAGCUCAUUGACAUCCACAUGCUGGCUGCAAUGUGCCCUCCAGGAGGCGGCAAGAACGAUAUCACAGAUCGUUACUCGCGUUGGUUCAACCUGCUCUUCGUGACUCCCUUCGACGAAGAAAGCUUGAGCCGUAUCUUUGUGACGGUGGUUAACAAGUUCAUGAGUGUCAUGGCACGAGAUGUGCUUGGAGCUGCUCCUGGUGCUGUCACUGCCACCUUGGAGGUCUACAGUACUGUGCUGAAGGAGCUCUUGCCCACACCGGCGAAGUCCCACUACACCUUCAACAUGCGAGACGUGUCCAAGGUCUUCCAGGGAAUUUGUCAGUGCAGCAGAGAGUCCUUGCCCAAGGUCGAUGAUUUGGCCAAGUGUUGGCUGCAUGAGUGUGAGCGAGUCUUCAAAGAUCGAUUGACCACAAGGCAGGACAUGAACUGGUUCACCAACCUGUGCAAGAGAAAUAUGGACAAGCACCUGAAAAGGCCAUAUGACCAAGCUGUGAAGUUGGAGCCUGUGAUCUUUGCAGAUUUCUGUGAUCCCAAGUCAUCAGCAUAUGUGGAAAUGCAGGAUCACGAAAGGCUGGCAGGAAAGGUACAAGAAUGCUUGGAGGAUUACAAUUCUGUAAGCAAGAUUCGCAUGGAUUUGGUGCUGUUCAUGAGCUUCAUCCAGCACAUUUGCCGAGUCAUUCGAGUGCUCCGACUCCCAUUGGGCAAUGCCUUGCUCGUGGGUGUGGGUGGAAGUGGCCGAAAGGCAACAACCACUCUGGCUACAUAUGUUGCACAGUACGAGCUCUUCCAGAUUGAGAUGUCCAAGGGCUAUGGCAUGAACGAGUGGCAUGAAGACAUGAAGCGAAUGCUUAUGAAGAGCGGUUCCCAGGAUAUCAACACGGUGUUCUUGUUCUCGGACACACAGAUUGCCAAGGAAGCGUUCUUGGAGGAGGUGUCAUCCAUUUUGAACACUGGUGAAGUGCCAAACCUGUAUGCCAACGAGGACAGGCUUGAGAUCACAGAAAAGUGCAGCAAGGGUGCAAACGCCGUGGGAAAGAACACCCCUGCUGAGAUCUUUGGAUGGUAUGUAGAGCAGUGCCGCAAGAACUUGCACAUCGUCAUUUGCAUGUCACCCAUUGGCUCAGCUUUCAGAAACCGAUUGCGAAGUUUCCCAAGUUUGGUGAAUUGCUGUACCAUUGACUGGUUCCAUGAGUGGCCUGCAGAUGCCCUGUCAGCCGUCGCCAAUCAGUUCUUGUCCAAGGACAAGGACCUGGACUUUGACGACACCAUUCGCACAAACGUCACAAAGAUCAUGGUGCAAGCACAGCAGUCUGUGUUCAGCCUGUCGGAGAAGUUCUUGGCAGAGGCCAAACGACAUUUCUAUGUAACACCCACCUCCUAUUUGGAGCUGAUCAAUUCCUUCAUCUCGACCCUGAAGGAAAGGCGACAGAUCGUCCAGAAAGGCAAGUGGCGAUAUGACACAGGUCUUGACAAGAUCAACGAUGCCAAAGAACAGGUCUCAGCUCUGCAGAUUGAGCUGAAUGACUUGGAGCCCGUCCUUGAGAAGGCUGCGCAGGAGACAGGGGAGAUGCGAGAACGUGUCGAGGCUCAGCAGGCUGGCGCGGUGGAGAAGAAGGCUGUGGUGGAAGAGGAAGAAGCCAAGGCCAACGUGCAAAAAGCUAACGCAGCUGCGAUCAAGGCUGACUGUGAGAAGGAUCUGGCAGCUGCAUUGCCUGCCUAUGAAGCUGCCCUUGAGGCACUCAGCAAGUUGUCCAAAGGUGAUGUGGGUGAGGUGCGAGGAAUGAAGACCCCACCUGCUGGUGUGGUUCUCACCGCCCAAGCUAUGUGCAUCAUGUUUGAAGUGAAGCCAGUGAAGGUUGCAGCUCCAGAUGGCAAGGGAAAGGUCGAUGAUUACUGGGAGGCGGCAAAGAAGGAGCUGUUGGUGGAUCCUUCUUUGAUCAACAGGAUGGUAAAUUAUGACAAGGACAACAUUCCAGAUUCCGUGAUCAACAAGGUGAAGCCACUGUAUGAUGACCCUGAGUUCGAGCCUGAGAAGAUCAAGAAGGGAUCUUUGGCUGCCAUGGGUAUCUGCAAAUGGGUCCGAGCCAUGGUUGUCUACGACAAAGUGGCCAAAGAGGUGGGUCCUAAGCGGCAGAAGUUGGCACAAGCUGAGGCUGAGGUGGCUGAGGCUGAAGCCACUGUGGCAGCCAAGCAGGCAGAAUUGAAGGAAGUCAUGGAUAUGGUGGCAGACCUCGAAGCACAAUUGCAUGAAGCCAAUGAAAAGGCCAAGGAAUUGCAGAGGAAUCAGAAGGACUGUGCUGCCAAAUUGGCUCGGGCUGAGAAGCUGAUUGACGGCUUGGGCGGAGAGCAAGCUAGCUGGUCAGCCAAGAGCAAGAAGUUGGGUCUCGACUACAACAACCUGACAGGUGAUAUUUUGAUCGCCUCUGGCAUCAUUGCCUACCUGGGAGUGUUCACUGGUGCUUACCGAAAGGAGGCCUGCGAUGGAUGGCUCCAGAAACUGUCGGAUUUGAAGAUCCCAGCCAGCAAGGAGUUCAGCCUGUCGAAGAGUAUCGGCGAUGAAGUGAAGAUCCGGCAGUGGGUCAUUGAUUACUUGCCGAACGAUGCCUUGUCCAUUGACAAUGCGAUCAUCCUGGACAAUUCUAGGCGUUGGCCAUUGAUGAUUGAUCCACAGAUGCAGGCCAACAAGUGGACCAAGAAGAGCAAUCCAGACAUUAAGGCUCUCCGACUGAACAUGCCUUACAUCCGAGAUUUGGAGAACUGCAUCCAGUUUGGCACACCUGUUCUUUUGGAAAACGUGGAAGAGAGCCUUGAUGCCAUCUUGGAUCCAGUCCUUCAGAAGGCAACCUUCAAGCAAGGCACCCUCACCAUGGUGAGGUUGGGAGAUUCGACCAUUGAAUGGUCCAAGGACUUCAAGCUGUACAUCACGACCAAGCUUCCUAAUCCGCACUUCCCGCCUGAAAUCUGCGUGGCAGUCAGUAUCCUGAACUUCAUGGCCACACAGGACGGUCUGCAAGAUCAGAUGCUUGGAAUCGUGGUGGCGGCAGAAGAGCCAGCCACAGAGGAAAAGCGAGUGAAUUUGGUCAUUGAGUCUGCAAAGGCCAAAGCACAGCUCAAAGACUUGGAAGACAAGAUCCUGCAGCUAUUGAGUUCUUCUACAGGCAACAUUCUGGAUGAUGAAGAGCUCAUUGAGACGCUGUCCAGCUCCAAAAUCAUGGGCACCAAGAUUGAGGAGCAGGUGAAGCAACAGGAGAUCACUGCAGUGCAAAUCGCUGAAGUCCGUCAGGUCUACAAGUAUCAUGCUUUGCGCUGUGCUGCUCUGUAUUUCAUCAUCUGCGAUUUGUGCAUCGUGGAUCCCAUGUAUCAGUUCUCCUUGGACUGGUUUAUUGCGAUGUUCAACCAAUCCAUCAGGAUGGCUGAACCAAAGGAAUCGAAAGAGGAGCGAUUCGUGGAGCUAUUCAAUUCCUUCAUUCAGCUGUUGUUCGUCAUGGUUUGCCGCGGCCUUUUUGAGAAAGACAAACUCCUGUAUUCAGUGAUGUUGACGCUGAAGUGCCAAGAGAUGGAGAAAGAACUGAAGCUCAAUGAGGUCAUGGCGCUCCUCACGGGCUUGCCUGGACCUGCCAAGGAGGAGAAGCCCGCUGAUUCAGGAUGGUUGACAAUGGUCAGCUGGAACCGCAUCAACCAGCUGAUGUCUCUGGGCGAUGUCUUCGAUGGCUUUGUGGGUGAGUUCAGUGCCAACAUCAAACUAUGGCAGGAAGUCUUUGACAGCGACACGCCUGCAGAUGUCGAGUGGCCAAACAACUUCAAGCUGAAGUGCUCUCCAAUUCAGAGGGCUCUCUUGCUGUUUGCUCUACGACCAGACAGCACGGUGGGCGCUCUGAUGACUGUGGUGCAGGAGAAGUUGGGUACCUUCUUCCUUGAACCACCGCCAUUGGACUUGGAGGUUUGCUACAAGGACUCAGUUCCGGCCAUUCCGCUCAUCUACAUCCUGGCAUCUGGAAGCGAUCCCAUGGCGGACAUCCAGAAGCUCGCGGAGAUGCUUGACAUGUUGGCAAAGAUCAAUCCUAUCAGUUUGGGUCAGGGUCAAGGUCCAAAGGCCAUCGCAGGGAUCAACGAAGGAUCGCAGUCUGGAAAAUGGGUCUUGCUGCAGAAUUGCCACUUGGCACCCAGCUUCAUGCCAACCUUGGAAUCAAUUGUCGAAAAGUUCGAUCCGGACAGCAUGAAUCAGGUGUGCCUCAACAGUGUUUUGCCACUGCUGCGCUUUGCGCUAGCCUGUCCGUACUUGUCAAGGUUUGUUUUUUGCAAGAAGCAGAACAUUUCUAAGCACAAGAAGGAACAGUUUUGCAAACACGUGCUUGCCCUGUUCUUGUGUUCAACAGCUCUGACUGAGACAGGACUUCCGACUCUGGCUGACAGCGUGUCCAUCUCCUGCGGACUGAAGCAGGCCCUGCUGCGAGCGUACUUGGGCUUUGACGAGGAGUGGUACCUUGGUGCGAGAUCCAUCAUGCAAGGCUGUUUGGUUUGUGCUUUUUCCACGGACUUAUCCUGGAGCGACGUGGUUUCGGCCCGGCAUGAUGCUAAGCUUCUUUCAACGUUUGCUUGUUAG